CUCCAUGUUACCCGGGAAGAAGGGCGUGAUUUACUAUUUAAACCGGUCACAUCCCACACGGAUUACAUAGGUUCCCUAAACGCCUAGCCAUACAGGACUGAAACGAGGACACUCUCAGCCAAUUGCCAAAAUGAGUGACAACAACCCCGUCAAACAGGAGGUGCAGACCUUUGACAAGAAGUGUCUGAAGAAGACCAGUACAGCAGAGAAGAACAAUCUUCCAACCAAGGAAGACAUCGAGGCAGAGAAGAAGGCGGUGGCGGAGUCCAAAUGAACCAGUGAUGUCACCUCACCUGGACCAAUCCCCGUGUCCCCCCCUCCCACCUUCGUCUUCCUCUCCAGUUAACAGACUCCUGCUUGUCCAUCACGUCCGCUUCUUUGCUGUGUAUGCAUCUUUAAUCACUCGAGGCAGUUUCAUUUUGGUAGGAACCACAUGAUAACAUUCGGUGGGCUAGGCCCGGGUUCAGAAUAAGCCAUGUAUAAUGCAGCUAUAUGGUAGAAUACACAGACUCAUUUUUAUGUGAAUGAAUGCGUAUGUGUACAAAGAAAUUACAAAAUCAAACAGAUGUGGGAGUAGCCAAAUUUGUGAAUUGAGCCAAUUAAGCACAACCAUAGCACACCCUUCUGCCCUACCAGCUCGACCUGUUCUGCUUCCUUUCUGCAAGUCCUCUACCCCUGGUGCCAUUCUGAAUGAGUUGCUCUAUAAGUACCAUGUGAAAUGAUAUUUUUGUUUGAAUAAAAUAAUAAAGAAUGUUUUAAAAUGAA